UAUAUUGGAAAGCGUAAACAUUAAUAUUAACAAACUUUUUACUGGAAGUAAUACGCCAUCUUAUAAGUACAAACGUACUAAAGCACAAACAACACACUCAGAGCCCAUCGUCAAGAGGUUAAAAUCUAGAUGCAUCGUUUCGCAGUUUGGUAGAUCACACACUCUUCGCCUGUUUUUGUAGAACAGUGGUCGCCUCAGCUUAUUUCAUGUUGAUGACUUCAGCUGAAGACCACAAACACCUUUCCCAGACUCGUACGCACCACUUGUAGCAGCACCAUCGAGAGACGGCAGAUCACAACCAAUUAAAACAUGCGCACAAUCUGCCUAGUUUCAAUCAUCGGCUGAAAUGUUCGUCGGAAAACAAGCCAAUCCGUCGCAGCUUUUUACCCGUUGAAGUAGAGAUAAUAAUAAAACCUCGUAAGUUUUACUCUUGGCCAGGUAUCAAAGUAGCCAAUAGUAUUGUGACAGCGGACACGGCAGUAGCCAGUACCAUCGCCACAGCCUCACUCGGCAGUAGCAGAGAACAAAACAAAAUCUGUAGAAACCAACGAUGGUUUCGCAGAGCACCUCCCAGGUAUAUAAUUCAGAUGACAAAUGCUGCAGGAUUUGUCACGACGAUGGCGGUCGUGAGAAACUCGUCUCGCCCUGUUAUUGCUCUGGAUCUAUGGGCUCCAUACACGUGUCCUGCCUAGAGAAGUGGCUGGGUCUCAACGGCCGGACAUCCUGCGAACUGUGCUCCUACACGUUCCCUGUGGUCAAAGUCUACCCCACGGUGUGGCAGUACUUUAAGGUACUACUGAAAAACUGGCGGCUUAAAGAUAUCCUGUGUAUUUUUAUGUUGCUUGCCGCCGUCAGUUUACUGUGCAUAGCGAGUGGUAUGCGCUUUGAACAUGUGGGUAAGGCGGACACUGAGAUUGUCGUCCUCAUGCUGAUGUUCUCACUCCUUGAUGUUUUCGACCAAUACAGAUACUUCUUGAUCUGGCAACAAGAAAAUGCUCAGACAAAACGCUCGUUCGACAAAACACCGCCACCAAUAAUACGGAAAUGUCCAAAUACCAUUCGUGAGCAGGCGCGUCGAGCUGAAACAUCGCGCUUAGGCCAGACACAGGGAGCUAUCCCCGUCUUGUUGAGGCCUGGGUCCUCCAGUGACCCCACGACAAGUCUUGCGGCAAAAGGUAGCGGCGUUUCCGAAGACGGUUUGUUGAACGAGAAUGCUUGGACAAAUUCUAAAGCGAAGGAAACAAACAACAUUACAUCAAGCACGGGUACCAGAAGUGCAUGCAAGGUGGAGAGUUCGUCCAUUAAGGGAAAAGUUCAACUAGGUCAUGAUAACCGAACUUCAGCCUUUAGGGUUUACAAUCCCAACCCAAAUGCGAACCAUACCCAGCUGCCUGUGGUUCAGAGGGGCGCAGCCCAGGAUGACACCGAUGAAUUCUUUCCUAAACACGUCAAUUUGUGUAAGGAGAAUAAUGUGACAAGUCAAAACACAAACAAUAUUAUUUCUAGCGUUUGUAGAAAAGGUUCGAAGACAGAGAGACGAAUGUCUCGCAAAAGGUCUCGUGCUACUGACAAGACCGUGGGCUCGUCCACAGAUGGUCAGUCACUGGUCACUCGAGGCCUGUCAAAACUAGGUCAUGAUCACGGUACAUCCGCCUUCAAGGCCUGUAAGCCCAAAUAAGUUGAGCCAUCGAACCCAACCAUCGAACCCAACCAUCGAACCCAACCAUCGAACCCAGCCAAAAACAAAAAUAAUAAAUAUGUAAUACUCGAUAAAAAAACAUUUUUAAUCCAAGAAAUAAAAUAAUGUAUAUUAGAAACCCAUGCAAAUAAAAAUAUAAUAA